GGUGUUUCGAAAAGUGUUGACUAGUAUCAGAUCGGUCACACAAUCAGUGAAUAAAAAUUUGCUUGAUUUGGAGAAUGAAUUGGUUGAACAAGCUGCAGAAAGAGGUGAUUUGGAUGCUAUAACCAUGCUUGCUUAUGAAAAGGUGCGUGAACACACGCGUGGUGGAAUCAUUGUUGAUAAAGCUGCUAAAGAAGAUCUAGCACACGCUCGCAAGCUUAUCAAACAGUUGACAGAGUUGAAACAUCCACUUGUCUUCAAGAUGGCGGGCGAUUUAGCAUUUGAAAAGAAAGCCUAUGCGACAGCAGUAGAUUAUUGGCAGCAAUUUUUACAGUUGGAAAAUGACACUAUCCAAGCUGGUCAUGUGUAUUACAGUUUGGGAUAUUACUAUUUCUCGCAACCGCCACCUGUACAAGAUUUGGCAAAGGCAAAACAAUAUUUCCACAAAUGUAUUCAAUUGACAGAUUUGGAUUUAUACUCAACCAAGGCCCAUUAUUACUUGGGACAAUUGUAUCUUGAGAAGGACCCCAAGAUUGCCAAAUAUUUCAUGGAGAUAAGUGCUCUGAAGUCUUUGCUAGAAAGUUUUGCCAGUUUGGGUUUUUUGGAAAUGAACAAGUUUCAGAAUUAUGAUCUUGCCAUUGAGUGGUUCAAGUUGGGAGUUGAGGCAAACAAAGACUUGUUGUGUUUGAUUGGUCAAUUUGAUUGUUUUGUAAAGAUGAAACAAUGGAGACUGGCUGAUAAAGUGUUGUCCAACUUGAAGGAGUUGCGGCAGAAAGUGAAUGACGUCAAGAGGAACAAAAAAGCAGUACCUGAUUCGAUGAGGGAGAGUUUUCAAGUCAAUGACUCAUUAUUAAGGUCGUUUUUCCAAGGCAGGAAGUACGAGUUUGAGUUACUACAGCAAUUCUUGUGA